GGGUGGGAAGCCCCACAAAAAGAAAUCCAAACCCGAGAACUAACCUCGAAGUUAAACAGCAUACUUAGAUAAUACGUCGUCGUUCCCCGAUUUAUCUUUGCAUUAAACUAUAGCUUUUCCACAUUUGCAGAAAAAACUGGGCAAUACCAAGUCCAACUGUCAAAUUCAGACCAAGGGAAGAUCAAGGUUAGGCAAGAAUCGAACCCAAGAUUUUAACGGGAAAGUGUUGUUGGUUGGUUGCACUAGUUUUUGAGAAGUCUCACGAUGAGCGAGUCUAGGGAAAUUGAAUCAACUAGUGAAUCUGAGAAAUGUGUUACUGAAAAUAGCUCCGGUCGAAAAAAGAUCAUCUGCAUAUGGGACAUGGAUGAGACACUUAUAUUGCUGAAAUCAUUGUUGGAUGGAACAUAUGCUGCGGCAUUCAGUGGCGUAAAGGAUGUACAGAAGGGAGUUGAUAUUGGAAAGAUGUGGGAAAAAUAUAUUCUUGAUGUUUGUGAUGAAUAUUUCUUUUACGAACAAAUAGAAAGCUUCAAUGAGCCAGUGAUUGAUGCUUUAAGUCCAUACGAUGAUGGGCUUGAUCUCUCUGAUUAUGAUUUUAGCCAAGACAACAUUGGUCCUCCAAAAGAUGACCAUAACAAAAGAAAACUUGCAUAUCGCCAUAGGAUCAUAGCCCAGAAAUAUAAACAGGGUUUGCAUUCCAUAUUUGACGAGAAGAAACGUGAACCAUGGAAUGAUCUGUAUGAGAUGACUGAUAGUUACACUGACAGAUGGCUUUCCUCUGCGCGGAACUUGCUACAGAAUUGCUCGAGUGAUAAUGAAGGGACAUCUACUGAUGGUACAGAGUUCCAAUGCAUUAAUGUUUUAGUGACUGCUGGAUCAUUGAUACCAAGCCUUGUCAAGUGCUUACUCUUUAAACUGGAUAGCUUGAUAAUCUGUGAAAAUGUGUAUAGCUCAUGGGAUGUAGGAAAGCUUCGUUGUUUCUUGUGGAUCAAGGAGCGUUUCAAUUGGCCCAACGUCCAGUUCUGUGUGAUCGGGGAUGGGUGGGAAGAGUGUGAAGCUGCAGAGUUUCUGAGAUGGCCUUUCGUGAAAAUUGACCUGAAACCAGAUGGCUUCCACAGGUUUCCCGGCCUCACUCAAAAAACGAUCGGCCACUAUCUAUCUGUUGUUUAUGGAGAUUCUAAAGCUGAAACUGAAGAUCAAGACACCACUUCUAAUGUGACAUAGACUACACAUGUACGAGAUCUAGUUUUGUAUAGCUCAAGCCUACAUCUUACCAAACUUUAACAAUGUAAGAUUUCGACGUUUUUAUCAACUAACAUUAGCUAUUCUUGCAAGUUGCAACCCUUCCCAACCCUUGAUCAUGAGCGGGAUAUUCCGGGGUCCAGGUGGCUAUGCGGACAACUUAGCUCUCACGACUCACGAUGUUGUAGCACACUCCAGACUGAAGUCAUGGUUAAUGUCUACAAAAGCAAAUAGUAUAGAAAUUCAGUUAGAAAUUUGUAUUCUUUCAUCAAGUUGAAUUGGAUAUUUGUAAGUGAUCAUUGUGAUAGUUUUACCAAACAUUUGGCAAUCAAGCAUUUUAAGACUGUCACCAUCUA